GGACAUUGCAUCCGGCGACCAUGUACAAAGUUAUAGCGGGAUUCUUGUUUUGAGGUUCCCACUUGUAUUAGAAAGCAUCCUGUAUAUGUGUGCCUGAACUUUACGUCUGAAAAGCCAGUAAUGCCUACUUAAGUGAACAGAUCAGUAUCUUCGUCUAAUGUUGUUAUUGACGGGGCUCUGACGAGGUUCAAAAUGUCCGAGAGAAACCAGAAUUGGUUGGCGCAAACUGCGUCUGCUUUGAUCGAGAGUGUACAAAACGGAUCCUCGGAACAGUCAUACGUAGGCCUCCUGAGGGACAUAUGUUUCCUGAACCCAAAAGAGCUUGUGAUAGACUGCAGCAUCGCAAACAACGUUUUAUCCACAGUUCUUCAGAAGUUUGACUCCACGUGUCAAACACUAGUUGAAAGAUGUCAAGCCUCCAACACGUCUGAAGACAAAGAGCUUUUUGAUUUGAUAGAGGUGGCAGUUGCCUCGGUGAAAUCAGCAAAAGCACUGUUCGAGCGGGUCUCAUUUGGUGAUGAUGUGACAAACGAGGGAAAGCUAGUACUUUUUUCUUUGGGACUUGAUUUGGUUCAUUCUUCAUACGCUCAUUGGAAAGUAUACAAAGCUGUGUACGGAGAACAUUUCAGUAAAGUGGAAGAUACUCUUGGCAAUCUUUCCAACCAGACCGUGCAGCUGCAGAUGGUUUUGGUUCAGUCCCUGGAAAAUGUUGAUUUCGCAACAUCACAUGAGAAGCAGCUUGUAAGCCUUUCAAAUGUAUGUGAGAAGUUAAGGAGACUUGCCAUAUUGCUGCAAGAUCUGGAUCUCAAGAUGCUUAUCUCAGCUCGCAAAAUCUUAGUCAAGACCCUUCUUCAGUACAGAGAUUGUUUGAAACGUACGUUUAAUAUUGAUGCUGCUGUGGUAGACCUCUGCUCAUAUGUGACUGAAUGGUUGUUAAAGCUGGAGAAACCUGUAAAGGAGAGUACUUUCAUAGUUGAGAUGAAAGCAGUUGCCUUUCACUUACGUUUGUUGGAUUCACUCCUUUCCAAGUAUGAAGGCUUUUACAGUAGCAGUAUGAAGGACAUUGUAAAGAUGAUUGUUGUUCUCUCAAGGAUGCCUUCUCUUGAUGUCCACACCAGUGGGCUGACAGCAGCUCAGAGGAGCAGCUUGAUGCUGCACGUCUGGAUAGCUGCGGAGCAUCUUGUGGCAUUACUUGCAACCAAUAGUGACUUUUGUACCACCGUUCUUGACUUUGAUGUCUGUGAAAAUUGCUGGUGUGGAUAUCUGCUCAUGCUUCUGACAAUCCUGGAUCACAUUACAACCACUAGUGACAUAUGGUUGCAGCCACUGGGCAAAAGAAGUAUUGUUGACCUUGUUUUCGACUGCACUGAUAAAUGCAUUCUAGAACUUCAGUGCCCAGUGUCACUGGAUUAUUCAACAGGCGACGGCAAACCUCCAAGAAAAGUGGGACUCUACGAAAAUAUUUGCAUCCAUAUGUGCCGCUUUGUUGCCGUGCUUCUUGAAAGCCACUUUCCAGUUCUGGAAAAUACACUCCUGAAAAAUGUGCUCUGUGAAAGCCACUGGAAGGCUUUCCUGGCAUCUGAUGUGUGGUGUUUUGUUGCUAGGUAUGGCACCCCACAGCUUUGUUAUGAACAUGUCCAGCUUCUGGUCCGACUUGUCAAGCUUACCGCCAGCGUGCACAUAACUGGCCAUGUUCGUGUGAAACAGCUCCUGACUCGUCUCUUUCACUUCUUGGCUGAUGAGCACAAGGCACAGCUUUUACAGUCACAUUCUGAUGAUUUGCUUAUCUUGAGCAUUCUACCAUCAUCAGAAUUUACGUCAACGCUUAGAGCAAAUGUGCUUCAGCUUUUGAACAAACUUGCCUGCAAAAACAUAACAUCGGUGGAAUUGAAAACACUGGAGCACCUUCUUUGUCAUAUGAGAAAUAACAGCAAACCAAAGGAUCACCACCUGCCUGUUGCCAUUCUCUCACAGGCCCUCAGGGCAAUUCCAGUUCACAGGUCAUUGGUUUGCAGCACACUAAGCGAACACAUUAUCUCACUUGUCAUGUCACAAGUGGCUGUUCUGAGUGACAAUGCACUUAGUGAUUGCUAUGUCUGCAUUUUGCAGGUGCUGAGCACUCUUGAAUCACUGUAUGAAAGUGAAGUUGACUUUCUACAAACAUUGACUGUCUUGCACCUGCCAUACUUUGGAGUCAUUCCAAAUAUUCCUAGUCCACAGAAAGCAGAGGUGUGUGAACGACUGUCAAGAUUGUUCAGCCUUGUUUUGUCAUCUGAAAACUAUGUUAUAAAGCACAUGGCCAUGCUUUCAUUUGCUCAAUUCGCACAAGUCACUCAGCAUGACAUUGUCAUUACCAAAGCAAUUGAAUGGCCAUCCUUGAAAGAAGCAGUGACAUCGUUUCUGAUGAAGGAUGACCUGAAGAAAUCAUUUUUUUGGGCUGAUUUUGUGAGGAAACAGGAAGAAGUGUUCUCAUUUUGGACAGACACUGCAAAGAAAUCCCAAAGUGACUGGGAUAGCUAUCCAUGUGACAUGGUGGUAGAGGCAGUUCCUGAAAAACGCAGGAAGCGCGAGGAUGAAGCAGAAAAGCUCGUUGAAAAUAUUGAAGAUGCAGUUGCAAAGUUACUGCAUGCAGACAACUUGGGUCCUCUGCAGCCACGUCUAUGUUGCCUUCAGAAACAACUGAAUGAUAUUCUGGACAAGCUAUAAAAUGAACACGCUGAAGUUGCAAUAGCAAUAAAUUACUUUUUAUUCUAA